GGGAUGCAGAUGCGACGCAGCCGCCGCGCCUAGACGCACAGGCAAGAUCCCGGCCAGAGGCACAGGACCCACCCCCCACCCCCAACACCCCCCCAAAAGUGCAAAGUUAUGGCCACUGGAGAAGAAGAAGAGCCCCCUAUGACGCGCCUUGCAGGUGGCCUGCAGAUGACGAUGACAUGCGCCGCCUAAGUGUCACUCUGCGUCCGCUGUGAGGAAGAAGAGGACGGCGGCGAGGGAGGGGGCACGCGGGCAAAACGGCGAGCCCACCGCCAUGCAAGCCGGCUGCGCUCUGGAGAUAACAACUGGCAGCUACUACUACACGAGGUGUAAAGUUUGAAGCGGACGAGCUGAGAAUGUCACGCAGAGACGAUGACCUGUGACCUUUAUUCAAAAGAAAACCAGCAAUACAGGCCAGCCAUGAAGCUCUUCAGAAAGGAUGAUAUCUCCACCAAGAAGGACAAGGACAAAGAGGUCCAGUACGAGGAGCCACCAGACGGUGGAUGGGGCUGGCUGGUGGUGCUGCAUUGCUUCCUGGUCAACGUCCUGGUGAUGGGAACUUUGAAGACCUUUGGGAUCUUCUUCUUGGCAUUCCAAGAUGAGUUUGGGGGCUCAGCAGAAAGCAUCAGCUGGAUUGGUUCCAUCAUGUCCAGUCUGCGUCUCUCUGGAGCCCCCAUCGCCUCGGUGGCCUGUGCCAAGGUAGGAACCAGGGUGACGUCCAUUACGGGGGCCGUGCUGGUCAGCAGCGGCUUCCUCAUCAGCAUUUUCGCCAACAGCGUGGUGUUCCUCUACAUCAGCAUGGGAGUCAUCGUAGGAAUGGGUUUCGCAUUACUGUACCAAUCCUUCUCCGUGGUCACGGCGCUCUACUUCCGGAAGAGGUUGGCGACGGCGUAUGCCAUCGGGCGUUCUGGGAUGGGUUUGACCUUUGCCCUGGCCCCGUUUACGCAGCUGCUUCUGGACCAGUACGCUUGGCAAGGGGCGUUGCUGAUCCUCGGCGGCUUGAUGCUCAACCUGGUGGCCACCGGGCUGCUCCUGCGGCCCAUCCAAGUAAAAACACCUAGCGCGACCAGCUGCGCUUCCCCCAGCCAGAAGAGCCCGGCCGUGUCCCUCAAGAGCUCCACGGAGAAAGACAAUGCCAAAAGCUGUCUGAACGCCUCCUCGCAUUUCUCCAACGGUGUCUCCAAAUCGGACUCACUUCCAUCCCCUCCUCGUCCUCCUCUUAAGGAAAUUGAGUGCACUCAGGAAACCAAGGAGCAUUUGGAGAACCUUGAACUGAACAGACUAGUCCUAAAGGGCCAUGAGACCCACCAAGACGUGGGUCCGUGUAAGCCCGCGGCCGAUGGCUCCCUAGAGCUCAGUGGCACCACGAAUGGGUCCACGCCAGUCGGGCUUCCCUCCAUCUGCGCCAGCACGCCGAGCGAGGAGAGCCCCCCGAAAGCCAAAGUACUUGAUUUUUCCUUACUGAAGGACCCGUUCUUUUGCAUCUACACGUGGUCUUUGGUCUUCAGCCAGCUGGCCUACUUCAUCCCCUACUUCCACCUGUCUGCUCGAGCCCGAACUCUUGGCAUCGACCCUAUGGAUGCCUCUUUUAUCAUCUCUGUGGCAGGCAUUACAGAGACAAUCGCCCAGCUGGCCUCGGGCUGGGUGACGGACCGGAACCUGUUCCAUAAGUACCACUACCACAAGGCCUACCUGAUCCUCUGCGGCCUGGUCAAUCUGCUUUCACCGCUGGCCACCUCCUAUAUCCUGCUCAUGGUCUACGCCGUCUUCUUUGCCAUCUUCUGUGGUGGCUACAUGGCUCUGCUGCUGCCUGUUCUGGUGGAUCUGGUGGGGGCGGAGAAACUCAAUAACUCCAUGGGCUUCUCCAUGUUCUUUGUGGGCUUAGGCUGCCUCACGGGUCCUCCUUUGGCAGGCUUCCUGUACGACUACAUGCAGACAUACGACUGCUCCUUCUACCUGGCGGGACUCUGCUACCUGCUCUCCUCGCUCUCGCUGUUCAUGGAGCCGCUGGCCCAGCGUUGGAGAGCCCGGCAGAACAAAGUGUACCGGGCCAAGGCGGCGCAGAGCGGCUGCAGGACCAACGGUUGCUUCGCCCCGGACCGCCCCCACAACGGCGUCGUGUAAGCGCCAACCAGCGUGACUGGGACUCCGUGUCUACAAGCGUCACCGAAGAAUUGACGAGACUGGUGGACUGAACCUCGAUAAGCCAAAAUUGUAGUCUGUAGACAUACAAGAUAUUAUAUAUAAUCCCCUGUUUGUGUCAGCGGCACAUGGCAUCCAGCACAUUUUGGAUAGUAGCAACAUAUAGCCGACUCUUGCCUUGUCGAAAAUAAGCUAUGCAAAAACCUGCUUUUCACCGCACGUACACGCCCUUAAAAUGCUGUUACCCUGGCAAUGAAGCACUUUGGGGCCAAGUUGGAACAAGCUGCAUGACUUUACACUCAGUGGACAAACACGAUGGGCUCCAAGGCUGUGAGGGUGCAUAUGUACUGUAUGUUUUACAUACAGUACACCACCGCACGUCUCUCUUUAACCAUAGGUAGAGGCCAAGGAAGCUGCGCAAAAAUAUGGGGGUCGUGGGCCACUUGUAUCGUAAUAUUGGGUGUUGAAUAGAACUAAUAUAUAGCCGGCAGAAAUGUUAUCCUUUGA